AUGGUGAAGAAACGGGCGUGUGACGCAAAGUCGCCUCUUAAGGUUCACUACGUGCGGUAUUGCACACAAUUGCCCGCUGGCGCCUUGCCGCCACAUGCUUCAAUUCGCGCCUUCAACUCUUUCGCUCUCAUUGAGGCCAUGAUCGCCUCGGCUACGCACAACCUGUGCGCAGCCGAGGCUUUUUUUGUUGAUACAUACGAAACGAAUCACAGAGUGACGAUGGGGCAACGGGAGAACGUCAUGUCGGACACCGCAAUGAGCAUGCAGGAAAAAGCCGUUAAUGAGAACAAUGGCUCUUCCCCGUCGUUGAGUUGGUCACUCUUUCCGGAAUUAGCUCAAGAGGCUCAGUCAUCUACUUCAGUGUCCGAACCACAUAGCAACUCGACCCUGAGUGUGCUUGUGGCCAGCGACUCUCCUGCACUGACCGAUCGCAUUUGUCGGGGUUUGAAAGCCAGUAACAUCGCGUGCUCCCCGGAUUCAAUCACGCCACUCAAUUUGCUUAUCGAAAACGGCGACCACUGUACCAGGGGAGUAGACAUUCUCUUCAUUGCUUCGGAAUUCAGCUCCGCGAUAGCGAAGGGAGCCAUUGAAUCCGUGCGAGGAUGUGACGCAACUGUGGUCGCGGUUGGUCAGGACUGUGAUGCACGCAAAAUACUCGAGGUUAUUCGUGCAGGUGCAGAUGAUUACCUGGAAGAUGGUCCUGAUUUCGAAUCUGAGCUGAAAACGCUUCACUCGGCUCGCGAAACUGGGGAUCUGUACUCCGUCAUCGGUACGAGCGGAGGAUGUGGUGCCAGCGUUGUAGCUGCAAAUAUUGCCGCAGUGCUGGCACAACGAAAUCUGUUGUGCGGACUGCUCGACUUGCAACUUCAGGGUGGUGACUUGGCGGCCCUGCUGAAUGCCACCCCUGUGCACACGAUUGCUGAUCUAUUCGGUUCGACCACAACAAUCGAUCGCGCCAUGUUCGAGCAAUCGGUCUCGGAACUCUCCGGCGGUGUCAACCUGCUUGCCGGCCCCGACCUCUUCAACAGUGUCAGGCACGCCAGUCCUCAACAGAUCCAGGCACUCGUUGAAAUGGCUCGUGGUAGCUUUGGACACGUUGUCGUCGAUCUUGAGGACGUGAUUCACCGAGAUCAACUCUGGACGCUUUCAAGUAGCAGCUAUGUUCUAGUUGUCUUUCGACUUGAGUUCCCGGCCUUAAUGCGAACUCGCAAAUACAUCGAGCACUUGCUUAACUCCGGGAUUCGACGUGAGCGAAUGGUACUGAUCGCGAACCGUUGUGGGGGGUCGAGCAACGUGCCCCGAGAUAAGGCGGUCAAGGCCCUUGGCGCAGAAAUCUCUCACCAGAUUCCCGACGACCCGGAUCACAUUCUUCCAGCAGUCAAUCUCGGUCAUGCAACGGUUGCUCGAUACCCCAAGGCCCCAUUUACCAAGGCAAUCGAACGAAUCGUCGACGAGAUUACGGGCGAAGUCCCUGAGGCAACACCAGCUCCCGGCGUUCGUCGAUGGGGCCAAGCAAUGAAAGCCUCACUCACAGGAGCGGCUAGCUGGCUCCUCAGCGACGAAGAGCGGUUCAUCCGCUUGAAACGAGAGCUCCACGAGCGACUGAUCGCUGGUAUGGAUCUUGCCGCGGCACGGAAAGUUCACCCCGAGCGUCUUCGGGAAGAGCUUCGUCGGGCGGCAAGUGAGCUGUGUCGCUCGCAGACAGAACUAUUAAGUCAGGCCGAACGUGAUCGACUUAUCGACGAACUGAUCUACGAAGCACUCGGGCUUGGUCCUUUGGAGCCGCUAAUGCUCGACCCCACGGUGUCGGACAUUCUGAUAAACGGCCCGAACACGGUCUACGUCGAGCGCCGCGGGAAACUCGAACGCACCUCCGUGCGCUUUCACGAUCUGGAUCACCUCACCAGUAUCGUGCAGCGGAUUGCCAACCGUGUCGGGCGUCGCAUUGAUGAGUCGAGCCCGAUGGUUGACGCCCGCCUACCGGAUGGUAGUCGUGUGAAUGCGAUCAUCCAUCCUCUAGCAUUGGAUGGGGCGUUGGUUUCUAUUCGACGCUUCUCGGCAACUCCACUGUUGGCUCGAGAUUUAGUCGCCCGUCAGUCGUCCACGCCAGAGAUGCUUGAAUUCCUGGCGGCCUGCGUGCGGGCUCGGAUGAACAUGAUCAUCUCGGGCGGUACGGGGAGCGGUAAGACAACACUUCUGAACAUGUUGUCCGGAUGCAUUCCCCAAGACGAACGCAUAGCAACAAUCGAAGAUGCAGCGGAAUUGCAGCUUCAGCAGCCACAUGUGGCACGCAUGGAAACACGUCCGCCGAACAUCGAGGGACGUGGGGAAGUUGUUGCGCGCGACUUGCUCCGCAACGCUUUGCGUAUGCGGCCCGAUCGCAUCAUCGUAGGCGAGUGUCGUGGAGCUGAAGCCUUCGACAUGCUGCAGGCAAUGAAUACCGGUCACGAGGGCAGCCUGACUACGAUUCACGCCAACGAUACCCGCGAUGCAAUCAGCCGAUUGGAAAUGCUGAUUGGCAUGGCUGCACCUGAACUACCCAUGUGGUUCAUUCAUCGUCAGAUCGCUUCUGCCAUUCACAUCGUCGUUCAAACCAAUCGUCUGCCUGGAGGGGCCAGGAAGAUCACGCAGAUCUCCGAGGUCACAGGUAUGGAAGGCAACGCAAUUUCCAUGCACGAUCUGUUCGUGUUCGAGCAAACCGGCAUGAAUGAAGAUCGCCAAGCCGAGGGAACCUUUAGUGCCACGGGGAUGCGGCCUCAUUGCCAGCGUCGGCUGGAACGAGCCGGCAUUUUCUUAUCCCCCGCGAUGUUCGAGCGUCGGGAUAUCCCAGUUGAACGUUUAGAUCGCGUAGCUGCGAGGUAG